AUGACUGUGAAGCCCUGGGUUCUCCUACUUAUCAUGCUCAUCUAUAGGGUUGUGAUGCUUCUGCCUGUGCUGGGAGGCCUCAAGAACAAGGCUUUUUUUCCAGUUGGAAGAAGAGUCACUGAGCAGUGCUGGGUACAGCCUCCAUUAAAGUAUUGUGCGAAGAGGUGCACUAAAUUACUGGAGUGUUUAUCUCUCAAUCAUACAUGCUGUUGGACCUUCUGUGGAAACAUUUGCUUGGACAAUAGAGAACCCUUUAAAUCCAUGUUAAACUCCUAG